AUGAGAUCUGAAUACUCUAGGCAGUUGUUCGAGGAUCUGGAUGUUACAAAAACAGUGAAGGGAAACAAGCUGCAGCUAAAAACCUUAUAUACAUCAAUGCAAGAAGAUGUGGGGAAACCGAGUUGGAGAGCUUUGAUGUUUGGGAAUAUGGCUAGGCCUAGGUCUGUUUUCCUGCUCUGGCUAGCUUGCAAUGGCAUGUUGGCAACUAAAGAUCAUCUAAAAAAAAUUGGUAUGAUUCAAGAUGAUAGAUGUGCUUUCUGUGUACAGCAAGAAUCAUUGGACCAUUUGUUCUUCUGUUGCACCAAUUUGAAAAGUAUUUGGGAGGCUGUUCUAAGUUGGUUAAACAUCAACCAUGUGCCUUUGGAUUGGGAAAGAGAAUUGAGAUGGCUUACCCUAAAUUGUAAAGGCAGAAGUUGGCGUGCAAAAUUCCUCAAAUGUGCAAUUGCUGAAUCUGUUUAUGAGGUUUGGAAAUAG